UGCGGCACCGCCCCUGCGUCUCCGCGCACACCCGGAAGCCGCGCGCGGCGGAGCCCGGCAGCCAGGGAGCGAGAUGGCCGCUGGGCAAAAUGGGCAGGAGGAGUGGGUGGGCAGUGCAUACCUGUUUUUGGAGUCUUCGCUGGACAAGGUGGUCCUGUCCGAAGCCUAUGCGGAUCCCAAGAAGAAGGUGGCACUAUACAAGGCUCUUCAGACUGCACUGUCAGAGAGUGAGAGUGCGGACAGCCCUGACAUGCUGGAGAUACUCAAGAUCCACUGCAGCGACCCGCAGCUCGUUGUGCAACUGCGAUUCUGCGGGCGCCUGCUGUGCGGCCGCUUCCUCAAAGCCUACCGCGAGGGGGCGCUGCGCACCGCGCUACAGAGGUCCAUCGCCUCCGCGCUCGCCCAGGAAGCGCUGCGGCUGCAGCUGGAGUUACGCGCUGGCGCGGAGCAGCUGGACACUUGGCUGACCGAUGAAGAACGAUGUUUGAAUUACAUCUUAGCUCAGAAGCCCGACAGGCUCCGGGAUGAGGAACUCGCGGAGCUGGAGGAUGAACUCUGCAAACUGACGUGUGACGGCAGUGGCCAGGGUGGAGCCCCACAGGUAGCUCCAGCCGCUUCGAAGUCCCUGGUUGCCUCUCUUAUCGAGGAGAAGUCACUGCCGGAGGCCCGCCAGACUUUUCUGUUUCAUGGGCAACUCGUAGUGAACCGGCCACUGAAUCUGCAAGACCAGCAGACGUUCGCGCGCUCGGUGGGCCUCAAGUGGCGCAGGGUGGGGCGCUCGCUGCAGCGCAGCUGUCGAGCGCUGAGGGAUCCUGCCCUCGACUCGCUGGCCUACGAGUACGAGCGCGACGGGCUGUACGAGCAGGCCUUCCAGCUGCUGCGCCGCUUCAAGCAAGCAGAGGGCCGCCGGGCCACGCUGCAGCGCCUGGUGGAGGCGCUGGAGGAGAACGAGCUCACCAGUCUAGCAGAGGAGCUGGUGGGCCAGGUGGAGCCCGAUGGUGGCCCGGCCUAGGUCUAGUACUGUGGGAAGGGUGGUCAACCAGCAGUUCAGGCAGUGUUUGGAAGCCACUGGUGGCUGUUGGGUUGCUGCUGCUGACUACUUUCCAUCCACUGGACUCAGAGAACACACACGCUCCCCACUUUGCUGAGAUGCUGGAGUGGGACUGACUGCCCUCCUCAGGAGCCAGGCAAGCACCCAUGGGGCCUCAGGGGUUUAUCACUGGCCCAGAUUCUUUGAUGGAGUGUCGAGGUCUUUACCCUCCCAUCCAAAAAGAGGCCUUCCUGCAAAAACUCACUGAGUACCUUCUGCAGAUGUCUAGAUGCCAUUCAAGGCGGUACAAAUACGCUGUUAAGAGCAGGAAGCACGGUUGCCCUGCCCUUGGCUCAUACUCAGCGUGGGACCGAAGCACUUUGCGAUGAUAAUAAAAAUGUAAUCCUUUUA